AUGGCGCCUUCCAUCACCGAGACCAUCUCGCUUCGCGCCCCGACUGUUUCAGUGCCCUUUAAGACCGGCACGGGCCACAACAAGGAGAAUUUGAUCGGAUACAAGUAUGAAAAAGAAGCCGAGCUGAAGGGAACGGAUAAGCUGCCCCCAGCUUCCUUCCCGAACUAUUUGCCCGUGUGGGAUAACGAGACCGAAAGAUACCCUCCUCUGGAACCCUUUGAGCAUUAUGACCAUGGCAAGGAUGCCGACCCAGCCUUCCCUGACCUGUUUCCCAAGGGCCAGGCGGAAGUGGACGAGAUUACACCCUUCAUCGGCUCCGAGAUCCACGGUGUGCAAUUAAGCCAGCUAUCCAAGGCCGGCAAGGAUCAAUUGGCUCUCUAUGUGGCCCAGCGACGAGUCGUCGGUAUGGCACCCAUCACGCACUUCCCCCUCCCCAUCCUCCACCGCGGCACCAGACUAAUCACACAAUGCGAUGAAUCUCCAGCCUUCCGAGACCAAGACUUCGCCUCGUUGCCGAUCCAGGAAGCCGUCGAUUACGCUGGCUACUUCGGCCGCCACCACAUUCACCAGACCUCCGGAGCCCCCAAGGGCUUCCCUGAAAUCCAUCUCGUCUUCCGCGGCGCAGACGACCGCACCGGCGCCACUUUCCUUGAGCAGCGCACCAACACCAUUACCUGGCAUUCGGAUGUCACCUUCGAGAGGCAACCGCCCGGAACGACCUUCUUGUAUGUUCUCGACGGUCCUUCGACUGGCGGCGAUACGCUCUUCGGCGACAUGGUCCAGGCCUACAAGCGCCUAUCACCCGAGUUCCGCAAGCGACUGCACGGCCUGCGUGCGGUGCACUCGGGCGUGGAGCAGGUCAACGCCAGUCUGAACGGGGGAGGCAUUGCGCGUCGCGAGCCGAUUACCUCGGAGCAUCCGAUUGUCCGCACGCACCCGGUGACGGGGGAGAAGGCGCUCUACGUCAACCCGCAGUUUACUCGGUACAUUGUUGGAUAUAAGAAAGAAGAAUCCGACUUUCUACUGAAGUUCUUGUACGACCACAUUGCUCUGUCGCAGGACCUGCAGGCCCGUAUCCGCUGGAAGGCCGGGACCGUUGUUGUGUGGGAUAACCGCCUCGCUUGCCACUCCGCCGUCUUUGAUUGGGAAGAUGGUCAGAGACGGCAUAUCGCCCGUCUCACACCACAAGCCGAGGCGCCUUAUGAGACCCCGUUCGAGGGAUAA